UAGUGAAAUGGGUCACUGUCAUAAACACAGCCGAUGCUCACGGACCAUUACGCGCGGCCAUCAAAGCCAAACGUUAUAAAUCACUUUAUUUUCGAAACAUACGUAAACAAGGAUUUAGACCAAGAAGCUUAAAAAUGAAGCACCAGCAAGUCAGUGUGGAUUACUGGGCGAUGCUAAAGUCUAUGCUGAUGUAUGGAGUCCUGACUGCGCUGGGCUGGUUGAUGCUGAGACUAUUCAAUGCUGUGUUCUCACUGCCACGGAGGUUGAGGACCCAGCAGGAGAAUAUACAGGCUACCUUGGAAGAGUUCCAGCGACGAUAUCCAGACCUGAACGUGACGGAAGAUGACAUUAAAAACGCUGAGAAAGAACUGGAAGAGUGGAACAAAGAAAUGGACGAAAAACUUAAAAAUAAGGAACAGGCCGGCAAAACUAAAUGUGAGAUAGAUGGCGUCUGUGAGAAAUGUGACGAACCGGUCGGAAACCCCAAAGAAGGUUCAGAAGAGAAGAAAACUAAAUAAUGUCUAGCAAAUAAAGUAAUCAGAUGUUUAUUCUUCAAGUUAACUAGAGAUAGAUACCUAAAAUGUAUUCAUAAUAUUAUUAUUAUUUCUUGAAUUAGUAAAAUAAUUUAACUAAAAAAUCACGGUUUACUCAUGAAAACCUCUACUAGUUUCGAGUCACAGGAGGCUGCGUUACGUCGCCACGUCUGCGCACGCUGCUCAUGAUAAAGAGUCCUUCUGAAACUCGAAACCAGUAGAACCUUUCCCGGUUAAUGUACGUGAGAAAACAGUGUUUUUUUUUUUGUUAAUUUAGUAUGUCUCACGUUGUUAUUAUAAAAAUAUAUCUAGUAAAAUAAUUGUUAAGGUAGAUAGAUGAAGCAAACAUGCUUCAUGCCUACAAAUCCAGAUGACAUUGCAUUGGAAAUGUCGAAAUUACCACCUUACAUGUAAGUACUUGUUAUAAUAAUUAUAUCGUUAGUAUAAAACGCAGAAUGUUUACUUAAAACGCAGUAUUUUAUCUUAAACCAUAGUCAUUAUUUUAAAUUCACUGUCUUUAUUUUGAAGACGCGUUAUUGCUUGUUGAUAUAUAAUAUAGUUAUUGUACUCGAGCGCCAGAUGGCACCCUUGGCGUUUUAAGUCUACUCUGUUCAAUAAUUUACGUGAAAUUAUCAUGGGUGUGAAAAACAAUAUAUUCUUUAUUGAAGGGUUCUCUUAAUCUGUUAAACAUUGCCAAACAAAUUGUAGUAUUACAAGAAUGAUUGCAUCAGCCGUAUCUAUUAAACCAUAUUUUUUAAUACAUGGGUUAGUAAUCUAAGCAAUUUAAGUACAUAAAACUCAAAUACUCAUCUUUAUCUAAUGCCCAUAACAUUGACUUAUAGUGUGAUACAUUCAUAGUACUUAAUUUAAUAUUCUUUUAACUAUUUUAAGCAUCAACAACGAAGAUUCACUUCUAUAUUUAUCAAUUAUAAUUAUCCUUAUUUACACAA